UUCCACCCAGCAGGCAGCCUGGCGAGGCUCGUUAACUGGGUGGGGCUGAUCCAAGCCGGUGCCCAGGACAUCGUGGACAAGGCUUGUUAAUGGGUGGGGUUCCACUUGAUCAAAGGCCUACGCUUUGGUACACCACCUGACAAUUUCUCCUGAAGACCUGGGGAGUGGAGUCAGUGUGUUUAGGAAGAGGGGAAAAAAAAAACCCAAAAAAACCCCUGAAAUCCUUUUCUGAGUCAGCUCUCUAGAAAACGACCCUGCAUAGAACUUCUAAAGGUGAAAUUGGAAAGACAAACUGGAGAAAUGGACCUGAAAUCCAAUAUGCAAGAAAGCGACUGGUUCCAGAUGAGGCGGAGCAGAAGGGCUGCUGACACAUGUCUAGACCUGAACAGCUACGGAUUAACAGCAGUGGAUACGAAGGAAGCUGACUUGGAAGAAUUGGACGUUUCCUGGAACGACUUUGUCAGCGGAACCCUCCACUCGUUCACUCAGCAAACACAUCCUGUCAGCAAGUUAAAAGUCCUGAGGCUGAGUAGCUGCAGACUAACCACAGAGGAUGUUCAAACACUAGGAGGCGCUCUUGAGUUGAUUCCUGACCUUGAAGAACUGAGUUUGUCCUGGAACAGCCAAGUGGGAGGAAAGUUGCCUCAGGUUCUCCACACAUUCCAACAAGGGAGCAAGAUCCGAACACUUGAACUUGUGGACUGUGCCCUCACACCACAGGAUGGAGAGUUUGUGGGUCACUUGCUACCUAAGCUUCAGAGCCUUGAAGUAUUUGACCUUUCCAACAACAGAAAUAUUGGCAGCAGUCUAGACAUCAUAGCACAAGGAUUAAAAAGUACUCCAGGCCUGAAGAUAUUGAAGUUGCAUUCCUGUGGAUUAUCCCCGAAGAGUGUCAGAAUAUUGGAUGGUGCCUUUGCAUUCUUGGAUGCGCUGAGGAUACUGGACCUCUCCUGCAACAAGGAACUGGGUAGAGGCUUUGAGGAGGUGCCUGCUCGACUGGCUUUACUGAAGCAUCUGGAAGUCCUAGACCUUCACCAGUGCUCGCUGACAGCCGAAGACGUGACGUCACUGACUCAGAUUGUCCCUUUACUCUCCAACCUGGAAGAACUGGAUUUGUCGUCCAACAGAGCCUUGGGCGGCUCCUUGGAGAGCCUACUGAGCAGACUCCGGUUUUUACCAUCACUCAAGUCCUUGCUGAUUAACAGUUGUGCUUUACAGCGUGAGAGCUUCACAGCCCUUGCGGAAGCCUCCGUGUACCUCCCUGCCCUGGAGAUACUCGACCUUUCCUGGAAUAAGUGUGUUGGUGGGAACCUGGAGCUGCUUCAACAAACACUAAAUUUAUCAAGGUCCCUUCGAGAGCUGCGACUGAGCAGCUGCUCCCUGGUGACGGAGGACGUGGCUCUCCUGGCCUUAGUCAUGCAGACAGGGCAUUUGGCCACGCUGCAGAAGCUUGACCUGAGCUACAAUGACGGUAUCUGUGAUGCAGGAUGGGCCAUCUUCUGCCAAAACCUCUGCCGUCUUAAAGAGCUCACUGAACUAGACAUUAGCCUUCGGCCCUCAAGCUCCCAAGAGUGUGGGCAGUGGUUUAGGCACUUGCUAUGUGCUGUAACCCAACUUCCUGUGAUCACCGGGAUAGAGAUGAGAAGAUGGGUCAUCCCAGCCCUCCAGGAAAAAGAACUAGACUGCUUUACCCAGGACCGCAGAAGGGACAUCCGGUUUGACCACGGUGGGUUUCAGUGAGCUGCUUCAUAAGCAAUGAACAACCCCAGAGGAGGAGAAGAAUGCGAACAGAUCCUGCCAUGCGCUGUGCUCAGCGUGUGGCUGUUUAGUAGCUUGUAUAGGGUAAGAUGUUUGUCACUAUAUCUAUACGACAAUGGUUCUCAACCUAGGGUCACGACCCCUUGGGGGGGUCAAAUGACCCUCUCACAGGGGUCACAUAUCACACAUUCCUGCAUAUCGGAUAUACACACUAUGAUUCACAACAGUAGAGGAAUUAUAGUUACAAAGUAGCAGCAAAAUAAUUUUAUGGUUGAGGGGUUCACCGCAACAUGAGGAACCCGGGUUAAAGGGUCAAAGCACUGAGGAAUUUGAGAACCACUGGCAUAUGAUAACCAAAUAUGGAGCUGGAAAGAUAGCUCAGGUUAGAAGUGCUUGCCACAUAAGCGUGAGAACCGGAAUCUGAUCUAAGUAGCACACAUAAAACACAAGGAGUGAUGGUGUGCUUUGAAUCACAAUGCAGUGGAGGCACAGACAGGCAGAUCCCUGAGGUGCCCCAGCUAGCUCGACUGUCAGUGAGUUCCAGGCUAAUGAAAGACCAUGCCUCAAAAACCAGCUGGGUAGUGCACUAGAGAAGCAAUACCAGAGGUUGGUGUCUGCUUUACACACACACACACACACACACACACACACACACACACACACACACACCACAUACAUCUGUACACACACACAUAUACAUAUACAAACACACCUGUAUAAGCAUACCCAUUUGAACAUACAUAUACCUGUACACAUAUACACUUAUACACACACACACACACAAUAGUGAUAAUAAAAUGUGAGUAUAUCUUUAGUUUCUAUCUUAGAGCAGGAUUUUCAUUUGUUUUAGGUGAAUAAUGAGUCUACUACUGUUUAGGAAGCCCACCAGAAUGUUGAUAUUGUGGUAAUGCUUCUGAUUUAUUUAUUGUUCUGAGAUUUUUUUCUGCCUGGUUUCCCUAUAUGUAAACAAAGAUUUUUCAAAACCUACUUUAGUAAGGGUUCUUAAACGCUUUGAUCUCCUUUGUAGCCUACCACCCAACAGAGGAAAGAAAAGGUUAAUGGGGCAAGGGUGGGGGUAUAGACCUGUUUAUAAAUAGUCCUUGGGGGGUGAUUCCAGUCUGUGUUGUCAGGAUAUCAGCUGUUCGGUUCACAUGAACCAGCAGUGGUAGCUCGAUCCACUCGCAAACACCAUUCACAAAUCAGCGACAGCAGUUCCGUCAGAAGAAAUCAUGAGACCUGAGUCCGUGGAAGUAGCAAGAAGCCACUGGAAUAUCAGGAGUUUUUUGAUCUAUUAUUUUCUCUAUGAAGUCAGGACAAAUGAAGAUCAGCAAAGAAGGCCAGGUGAACCAAUACCACAGCGUCAUCAGCGUAGACCAACAAAGACCAGCAAAGGGUGGCAAGGUGAACCAAUGUCAUAGAGUCAGUCACUGUCUGUUUUACUUAGACCCUUUCCAAACAUCACGUGUCUUCUCAAGCAUCCACUCUAGCAAAAUAUCACAUGGUCUUUCCCCAGGCUGCUUCCAGCAAAACACACAUGUCUGUUCUCAGCAAAACAUACCCCCAGCCCAUGUUUCUGGGCUUUGUUUGUUUCAGCAAAACUCAUAAGACAGUUUUCAGGAAAACAUCACAUGACACAACUGAGUCUCCAAGGAAACCAGAAAUUUCCACUUCACCUAUAUGUUCUAUGUAUUCUACAAAGGUGUAUAUGUGUGCAUGCACAGAUGUCUGUGUAUAAUUCUGAGAAAGGCACUAACCUUUUCAUAUUAGUGUGUGUGUGUGUGUGUGUGUGUGCACAUGGAGAUCCAAAGAUGAUACCAGGUGUCUUCCAUUGCUCUCCAUUUUACUUACUGAGGCUGUGUCUCUCACUGAACCCAGAGCUUGAUGAUUCCAGCUUGUCUAGUCAGUCACUCUGCCCAGGGAUUCCUUGUUUUUGUUUCUUAGUGCUACUAUACCUGCAUGGACUUGUGUAGGUUCUGAGGAUCCCAACUCCAAUCUUCAUGCUUGCAUAGUAAGUGCUGUAUGCACUGAGCCAUCUCCCCAGCACUCAGGCUAUGUUAACUAUUUGUGGUGGUUUGAAUAUGCUUGGCCCAGGGAGUGGCACUAUUAGGAAAUGUGGCCUUGUUGGACUAGGUGUGGCUUUUUUAGAGGAAGUGCAUCACUGUGGGUCUAGGCAGUGAGACCCUCCUCCUAACCAUGUGGGAGUCAGUAUCCUGCUAGUGGUCUUUAGAUGAAGAUGUAGAACUCUCAGCUCCUCCCGUACCAUGUCUACCUGGAUGCUGCUAUGCUCCCGCCUUGAUAAUAAUGGACUGAACCUCUGAACCUGUAAGCCAGCCCCAAUUAAAUGUUGUCCUGGUAAGAAUUGUCUUGGUCUUGGUCUCUGUUCACAGCAGUAAAACCCUAACUAAGACACUAUUAUUGUAACAUAUAAAAUUUCUCCUAUUAUAUUUCUUCCUUAGCUAUAAACUAUCCACAGUAGCAAUGGCUACCAGCACAUGUGAGUUUGUUUUCUUUUUUUAAGUAGCCAACAAUUUAAAAGCCAAAAUCAUAUCUUCCUAAAAUAAAAAUAAAACCUUCUUUGACUAGAACAAGCAAAUUCCAAUAAACAUUUCUUCUGGCAUUUCUUGCUUUUUGUUUGUUUGUGAAAGCUUUCGUUUUAUGUUAUCCAAGUUUUAAACAUUUUCAUUUCCUGGAGGGUAAGUCAAUGAAUGGCAAGAAU